AUGGGUACAGGGCUGUCUGUGUUGGCGACAGCCACUCUGCAAAGAGGUGUCGUGAGCUGUACAAGUAAUCUAGAUCCUGUGCUCAUCAAGGUUAAAAACAUGGAGCUGAUCUCCCCGGGAAAUUCCCCCAUCUCCUCAACCAGCUCAGGCCUGCUUUCCUCUACGUUCCCAGCAGAGCCCCUAGCCCAAAGCCACCCUGUCCCAGACACUCUGAACGUAGCCUCAGAGCCUGCUGACCUUCAUCUCGUCUGCAAAUUUCCAUAUGUAUUGAAGAGCUGCGCAGAAUUUAUCGAGACUCAUGGUAUUGUGGAUGGAAUCUAUCGGCUUUCAGGAGUCACCUCAAACAUACAGCGGCUGAGGCAAGAGUUUGGCUCGGAUCAAUGUCCAGAUCUGACAAGGGAAGUGUACCUCCAGGACAUCCACUGUGUGGCCUCACUCUGCAAGCUCUACUUUAGGGAGCUGCCCAACCCCCUUCUGACUUACGAGCUGUAUGAGAAAUUCACGGAGGCCGUGUCGCAUUGCCCAAAAGAAGGUCAACUGGCCCGAAUCCAAAAUGUUGUCCAGGAGCUUCCCCCAUCCCAUUAUAGGACCUUGGAAUACCUGAUUCGACACCUGGCCCACAUUGCCUCCUUCAGCAACAAGACCAACAUGCACGCCAAGAACCUGGCCCUGGUGUGGGCGCCAAACUUGCUCAGGUCUAAAGAGAUCGAAGCCACUGAUUGUAAUGGAGAUGCAGCCUUCCUUGCUGUUCGGGUCCAGCAGGUGGUGAUCGAGUUCAUAUUGAAUCACGUGGACCAAAUCUUUAACAACAGUGCACCUGGGUCUCUGGAGAAUGAUGAAAACCGGCCCAUCACGAAGAGCUUGACCUUGCCAGCCCUCUCCCCGCCCAUGAAGUUGAUGAGCCUGGAGGAAGCUCAGGCCCGUAGCCUGGCUACUAACCAUCCAGCUCGGAAGGAAAGGAGGGAGAAUAGCCUGCCUGAGAUUGUCCCUCCCAUGGGGACCCUCUUUCACACCGUCCUUGAGUUGCCAGACAAUAAGAGAAAGCUUUCCAGUAAAUCAAAGAAAUGGAAAUCAAUAUUUAACCUGGGACGUUCUGGAUCAGACUCCAAAUCAAAGCUUAGUAGAAAUGGGAGUGUAUUUGUGAGAGGACAGAGGCUCUCAGUGGAAAAGGCGACUAUCCGACCAGCCAAAAGCAUGGACUCACUGUGCUCAGUGCCUGUGGAAGGAAACGAAGCCAAGGGAAACUUCAGUCGAACAGUCACCACUGGUGGAUUUUUCAUUCCAGCAACAAAAAUGCACUCGACAGGCACUGGCAGCUCAUGUGACCUCAGCAAGCAGGAGGGCGAGUGGGGCCAGGAGGGGAUGCCCGUGGGGGCUGAGGGUGGCUUUGAUGUGAGCAGUGACCGGAGCCAACUCCAGGGCGCUCAGGCCCGACCCCCACCCGAGCAGCUGAAGGUAUUCCGGCCUAUCGAGGAUCCCGAGGGAGAACAGGCAGCCCCAAAGAUGCUGGGCAUGUUCUACACUUCCAGCGACAGCCCCACCAAAUCCGUCUUCACCAGCAGCCUCUUCCAGAUGGAGCCCUCGCCCCGUCACCAGCGCAAGGCACUCAACAUCUCAGAGCCUUUUGCCGUGUCUGUGCCACUCCGUGUGUCCGCUGUCAUCAGCACCAACAGCACCCCGUGCCGAACACCCCCGAAGGAGCUGCAAUCUCUUUCCAGCCUGGAAGAGUUCUCUUUUCAGGGGUCAGAGAGUGGAGGUUGGCCAGAAGAGGAGAAGCCACUGGGAGCUGAGACUUCUACAGCUUCUGUAUCUAAGAAGACAGCUCUUGAGGAUGCCACGCCAGCACCUGAAGCAGUGGGAACAGUGGAAUGCAGCAAAGGCCUUUCCCUAGAGCCUGGCGCCCAGCUGGAGGAGAAGACCACAGAAAUCUCCUUGGGAUCUCAACAUUUAAGUGAAUUAGAAAAGAGGCCAAAUCCGGAGAAAGUGGUGGAGGAGGGACAAGAGGUUGGCCACGGGGAGUCCUGCACCCUGCAGGAGAGCCCCAGGGUCAGAGCCGAAGCUGUGUUUCUCCAUGAGAUGGAUGAAGAGGAUCUGGCCAAUGCCCUGAUUUGGCCCGAGAUUCAACAAGAACUGAAAAUCAUUGAAUCUGAGGAAGAGCUCACCUCGGUUCCACCACCUGCUCUGAAGACCAGCCCAAUUCAGCCAAUUCUUGAGUUGAGUACAGGGCCCUUUGCUUCCCUGGAGCUUCCCGGGAGCUUGCCAUGUGGCUCCGCCCCUGCCCCAGUCUCCACCUCCCUGAAGGAGUGGACUAGGGAUCCAACCAAUCAGAGCACACAGGGGACUUACACAACAGCCAAUGGACAGAAGCCAGAGACGACCCCUGGCCUCCACAGAUCCCAACCUGAGCAGGGGCAGGGCCUGCGACCCGACCCCGCCAGCCUGGCUCCCUUGGAAAUAGUUCCGUUUGAGACAGCGUCUCCACAAGCAAAGGUGGAGGUGGGAGGCCCAGGGAAUCUCUCCCCUCCACUCCCACCUGCUCCUCCCCCUCCAACUCCUCUGGAGGAGGUACCUCCAGUCCUGAUGUCAAAGGGUGGCCCUGAGAGAGAAGACCCAUCCGGGAGUUUGAGGACAAAUCCCUAUAUAGACCAGCUGAAGUCCAAAGACACUCCUGGGAUCCCUAUCCUCUAUCAGGGAGAAGAGUCUUCUUCAAGACAGAGUGAAAAGCAGAAUUCAAAGAACGCAGCUCCAGUGGGAGAAGGCUCUGGUGUUCCAAGCCCAACAAGGGAGGUUGAGAUCAUCCCGCAAGGAGAGGGGUAUGUAGCCCAUUCGAUGCAGGAGCCUUCAGACUGUGACGAAGAUGACACUGUGAUCGACGUUGCCCAGCAUGGCCUGGAGAUGGUGGAACCCUGGGAGGAACCCCAGUGGGUGACGAGUCCCCUUCACUCUCCCACCCUGAAGGAGCUGCAGGAGGCCCAGGUGCAGGGCCCGCAGGGUCACCGAUUGGAGAAGAGGCUAUCCCACAGGCCCAGCCUUCGCCAGAGCCAUUCUCUAGAUAGCAAACCCACUGUUAAGAGCCAGUGGACUCUCGAGGGUCCCUCCUCCAGCAGCUGUGCUAAUCUUGAAACAGAGAGGAGUUCUGAUCCUCUGCAGCCCCUGGCACCCAGGAGAGAGAUUACUGGAUGGGAGGAGAAAGGCCCGAGGCCCUUCAGAGAGCUCUCGGGCCUGAAAGGGACAGAGGCUCUUCCCAACCAGAAGGGACCGGGUGGUGUGCAACCCAAGCCAGCAGAAACCAUCCCUGUCAGCCUAGCAGAGGCAAAGGAGCGGGGGACACACCUGGGGCCCAGCAACCCACAGAUUAAGCAAGGCAGUGUUCCUGGGCCAGAGAGCAGCAAAGAGAGUUCACCCAGCAUACAGGACAGCCCCUUGCCUGGAGAGCAUCCCUCAAAGUUACAGCUAAAGAGCACUGAGUGUGGCCCGCCAAAAGGGAAAAAUAGGCCUUCUUCCCUCAACUUGGACUCUGCCAUUCCCAUUGCUGACCUCUUCCGGUUUGAGAAUGUAGCCUCACUUAGUUCACCUGGAAUGCAGCUCUCUGAGCCAGGAGACCCGAAGGUCACAUGGAUUUCCUCACCUCACUGUAAAGCAGACCCCUGGAGGGUUUAUUCCCAGGACCCACAGGACCUGGACAUUGUUGCUCAUGCCCUGACAGGCCGCCGUAACUCAGCUCCUGUAAGUGUGUCAGCUGUGAGAACCUCCUUCAUGGUCAAACUGUGCCAGGCCAGAGCAGUCCCAGUCAUCCCACCCAAGAUUCAGUACACCCAGAUCCCACAGCCGCUGCCUUCUCAGAGUUCAGGGGAGAGUGGGGCUCCGCCUCUGGAGAGGAGCCAAGAAGAACCCAGCUCAACUAGUGGGACCUCUCAGAAACCUGCCAAAGGUGACUCUCCUGCCUCCCUGGAAAGCCCAGAGGAAGAGAAACUAAAGCAAGAUACGGGAGCCAUGAAACCCUUGCCGAUGGAUGCUAAUGCAUCCUGCAUGUGUGAGGGACCCACCCUUUCUCCAGAACCCGGCUUGGCUAACCUGCUUUCCAGCCAGGAUGCAAUGGUGCAAUGCCGAAAGCGCACGUCAGAGACAGAACCAUCUGGGGACAACCUUCUUUCUUCAAAAAUAGAGCGCCCAUCGUCUGGGGGUUCUAAGCCUUUCCACAGGUCAAGGCCAGGAAGACCUCAGAGCCUCAUCCUAUUCAGUCCUCCUUUCCCCAUUAUGGACCACCUGCCCCCCUCAUCCACAGUGACAGAUUCCAGAGUCCUGCUGUCCCCUAUCAGAAGUCCCACCCAGACAGUUUCCCCCGGCCUUCUUUGUGGGGAGUUGGCAGAAAACACAUGGGUCACAUCAGAAGGAGUUACACUUAGGAAUAAAAUGACCAUCCCUAAGAAUGGCCAGAGACUGGAGACCUCAACCAGCUGUUUUUACCAGCCCCAGCGGAGAUCAGUGAUUCUGGAUGGAAGAAGUGGGAGGCAAAUAGAAUGACAUCACUUCACCUUCUGGUGUGAGAAAAUGUCAUGAUUCAUCUGGAAGUUAUUACAGGGCCAACUUGCCAUUUUCCAGGCACACAUUUGGGCUCAUUUUGGCCUCUGACUUCUCUUUCUUCAGCCUUUUGACCAUUUGUUAAUUAGUUCAUUUGCUAGAAGAAUGGUCAAGGGAAAAACCAAGAGAUGCAAUUUAGAUAUGAUUCUAUGAGCAAGUGGGGAAAGGUUAGUCAAGGAAAGAGGAUAAAAGGUUUCCUCCAUUGAAAGUUGGGGCUUGUUUGUGAGUUGCACUGCUCCCCUGUUGCCAUUAUCUAUUACUCUUGACAGCUGGCUUUGAUAAUACCCUUUGAAAGAAAGAAAAACCCCUUACCUGUGUCAUAAAAUGUUGCUAUUGAGGUUAGAAGGCCUCCUCUUCAUGCUUUUUAACACUCUUUGAAGCGUGUGUUCUUUUAGAACAGUUUUCUAAUAAGCUUUGUAAAAGUGUACUAUCCCAAAUAGAAGCAGAUUUGGAAAUGCAAACUAAACGUGCACCUAGAUAUCCAGUGGGCGAGUUUACCUAGGCCCUUUCCCUGGAAUCCCUGCAGACCUGGCCAACGUGACUCCAUAUACUGGCAUAGAAAAUCAGAAUCAUGAGUAAACCCUGAGACUGGCAUAGUCCAAGAAGACUUUCUGGCUUUUUUAAUUUGGGACUCCAACUGCCAAUGUACUGAACUUUGAUUUAUAAGUCCAGUAGCUGGCCCGGGUAGGGGCUGAGCUGAAGAUUACCUUAAUGAAAUGUUCUAAAUCUUCAUUUAGGAAUGCAAUCAUGAGGUGAAGGUAUCUGCUUUCUUUACAAUGUCAGAGUCCAAGAACAGGAUUUCAUCGUCGAGAAAAGCCUCCCACACAGGCAGAAUUGCACUCCACACUUAAUGUGUUUACAUAGACGGGGCAUUAGUAGAAAACACUUCCAGCUCAACUUCGCUCUUCCACAGUAGGCUGGCCUGCCCUAGCAGGACAGGAGAGGAAAAAGGGAGGAGCCCUAGGAGGAGAGGGAAGAGCCCUAGCAGAAUGGCUGUCACUACAACUCACCGAGAGCCAGUCUUGAAAAUGUAUUUCAUUUUAGCCAGUGAGUCCCUUCCUUUCUCCCCUUCCCUCCAUUGCUCAAGAGCAGAUUGGAGACACCCUUCUCCCAUAAUUCCCCUCAUCCACCACCCACUCUAGGCACUCAAACUUGCUCUUCUCUGUCUGUGUACAAGCAGAAGCAAUAAAUUUGAUUUUUUUUCAGUUA